AUGGGAUUUUUUGACUAUGACCAAACAAAUCUCCUCUGUGUAACCGUGGGUGUGCUGUCACUUGCAGCUGUAUGUCUGGUUUUCAUUCUGUCUGUGGUUUCUCCGCAGAACCUGCGUGAGGCUCAGGUAUUCAGUCUCGUGGCGGAGCGCAGAAGGAAGUUCCAGGAGAUCAUAAACCGCAGUAACCACGAGGCCAGUCAGACGGUGCGGCCCAAGUCCUCAUCCUCUCGCUGGCUGCCGCCCGGCUCGCCUCCGCAGCUGGUGACCGAGAUCCUGGAGAUCCGUGAGAGCAUGCUGUCUCUCCUGGUCAAGCUGCACCAGAAACUGUCUGCCAAGCAGAACUCUCUGUCUCUGAGCUGGCUGGCUGAGGUGGAUCCGGCCCAUCACACGCACGGAGAUGGGUUAACAGCCAUCGAACGGAUCCUGGCCAAAGCUGCCACCCGUAGCCGGCACAGCAAGAGGUGCCUCCAGGACAUCUGUGGGAAAGUGUGUCCCCCCAUACCGCCCAAGAAGAACAGUCCUGGAGAUAAGAAGAGCAUGGACAAGGAAGAGAGGCGUCAAAGGGCCAGAGAGAGACAGCAGAAGCUGCUGGCGGAGUUUGCCUCGAGGCAGAAGAGCUUCAUGGAGACUGCCAUGGAUGUUGAGUCACCUGAAACAGAUGCAGUGAUGGACAUGGGCUCGGCUGAACCUCUAGACUCAGAAGUUCUGUAUGACUGUGUGAUCUGUGGUCAGAGCGGCCCAUCUACUGAAGACAGACCCACAGGACUGGUGGUACUGCUGCAGGCCUCAUCAGUGUUGGGGCACCGCUGUCGUAGUGACACACCAAAGCGAUUGCCUACUACGGAUGAGGAACAUAUCUACCCCGAGGACACAUGUGGAGCGGCCCAUGAUGUUAGGCUCUCCCUUAUGCAACGCUACUUUAAAGAUAGUUCAUGUCUGCAGUCUGUGUCUAUUGGCUGGGACGGGGGUGUGUAUGUGCAGACCUGUGGCCACACUCUGCAUAUAGACUGUCACAAGUCCUACAUGGAGUCCUUACGGAGUUCAUGUCUGCAGUCCGUGUCUAUUGGCUGGGACGGGGGUGUGUAUGUGCAGACGUGUGGCCACACUCUGCAUAUAGACUGUCACAAGUCCUACAUGGAGUCCUUACGGUGCAGGUACUGUGAUGAUGAACGUCCUGAGGUGCCCAUGCUCUUCAGAGACGUCCCGUCCCUCCUCAUCAUCUUCAUCCUUACCAUGCCUCAGCCUUUACGCAAAGAGCACUUUGCGUGUGUGGUGAAGGUGCUGUACAGUCUGCAGUACACUCAGGCUCUGGCCGCUCUGUCCAUCAGAUUCAGUCGUGAGGAGAGACUCGCCUGGAGCAACACUGCAGCUGCCAAGAAGAACACGCCAAACUCUGACAAAUCAUGGGAGUCGCUCCUGGGUCAUGUGAUCUCUGAGCUGACGAAGGCCAAAGAUGUGUAUGACACCAACUCUGAGGAAACAUUCGUGUUGAGCUCCAGUGUGUGGUCUCCUCAGUCCAUUGAGCUCAGCCUACAGCACUUCUGUCUGCCCUUCCUGAGACUGUCCUGUUUACUGCAGCACCACCUGUAUGGAGACGGCUUACCUGGCUGCCUGUCUCUAUUAGUUCAGGAUCCGCAGUGGGCCGCCCCUCGCCUCCUGCACCUCCCAGACAAUUACAACACCAUCUUCCAGUACUACCACAGGAAAUCCUGCACCAGCUGCGGCAAGACCCCCAAAGACCCUGCGCUGUGCCUGGUGUGCGGCGCGUUCGUGUGUCUGAAGGGUCACUGCUGUAAACAGCAGGGCGUCUGUGAGUGUGUGCUGCACUCUCAGCACUGCGGAGCAGCGACUGGUAUCUUCCUCCUGAUAAACGCCUCGGUCAUCAUUAUCAUCCGAGGCCAUCGCUUCUGUCUGUGGGGGUCUGUGUAUCUGGACGCUCAUGGAGAGGAGGACAGAGACCUACGUCGAGGAAAGCCUCUGUAUUUAUGUGAGGAGAGAUACCGCGUUCUGGAGCAGCAGUGGGUCUCGCACACCUUCGACCACAUCAACAAGCGCUGGGGUCCCCAUUACAAUGGACUUUAACAGUUCAGCCCACAACCUGGAGAGGACGGGUCACAUGAUGCCAGUGCCAGCCUCUGUGGCAUCCUCUGAUGAUUUCUGUCGUGUAAUAUAAAGAAAACCUGCAUUGAGUUGGCCACAGCCUGGGUUCAUGUGAAGUUUAGUGUACAAUCAAGCUUAUUCACUAACAGCGUGUGUGUGCGCGUGUGUUUUAAAGUGAUUUUUGGUGUGGAUUUAUAGGAGAGAAUUUUGUUUUGUCCCAGCAAGCUCAAGGUGAGUGUCUAGUCUGUUGGACGCACAGAGUGGAAUAAUACUCCCGUUCUGUAACUUUUGGAAAACUGACAUCGUUUUUGAGGAGACAGACUCUUAAAAAAACUAUUUUGACCAAUGUUAAACAAAUCAUGUACAGAUAUCAGAAUUAAUAUCAAAACCUUGAGUGCUAAAGUUACCAAGACUCUCAGCAUACGCCCCCACCCACCCCACCCCACCCCAUGACCACAUCAUGCUAUUUGAGUUAUUUGAGAAAUACAUCUCAUAAGACCGAUUGUGGGUUCAAAAAGCAGGGUAUGAUGUGAAAUAUCAACCGAUUAGAGCUAAAGUGAGAUUUGUCUGACUCGAGGUGUAGUUGCAGUCAUCCUCAGGUAUUUUAUUUUAUAUAUUUUUUUGUUUUGUAGUCUCAGAUAAAAGAUUUUAAUAUUUA